ACGUCGCGCCGCCACCGCCAUCUUGUAUGUCAGUCAGUCUGUGCUCGGUAAGUCCGCCAGUGACGCUGCCUCCACUCAGUCACUUACUAUCAUGUUCUGUAGGACUACGCCUAGUGUGUUACUUGAGUUUUGAUUUUCUCUCAUUUUUCCUCUUCUGUAUUCGGACGAUUUUUCACUUUUUUGUUAUUUUUCUUUUGGUAAUUUAAACUUAAGUGGAAUAAAAACAACUUAAUAAAAGUGCGAGUGUGGUUUUCUUACAAACAGUGCGCGUAUAAAAUUUUAACUAAUCAGGGCUGACAAUGUGUGCGUGGUGAAACCUGUUGACAAUGGGUUGUGAACUGGGUAAACUGGCUCAGAUGCAGCGAGGGGGUUCCGAGGGGGGCCCUAACAGGGGGGCUGACGAUCCCCCGGCUCCCGCACCCCCCGACCCUCGACUACCACUUACAGCAAAACAGAAGUACAGCAUGCUGGCCUCUUGGAAGGGAAUAUCUAGGGCCAUGGAACCCACCGGAGUCUACAUGUUUAUCAAGUUGUUCGAGGAGCACGAGGAGUUACUUGACCUGUUCACAAGGUUCAGGGAACUCAAAACGCGGGACGCUCAAGCCAACUCAAUGGAGUUACAAGAACACGCAACAAAGGUCAUGUCCACGCUAGACGAGGGCAUCAAGGAGCUAGACGAUCUCGAUUCCUUCUUUGAGUACCUUCAUCAAAUUGGAGCUUCACACAGAAAAAUCCCCGGCUUCAAACCGGACUAUUUUUGGAAAAUCGAAAAGCCGUUCCUGGAAGCGGUAAAGAUGACGUUGGGCGACCGGUACACGGAUAACGUGGAGAACAUCUACAAGAUCACGAUCAAGCUGAUCAUAGAGACUCUGGAGAAGGGAUACAAGGGCUCGUGAAGCUAGGACUAGUAGUGACAGUGUGGUGGAAGUAUCAGUGACUGGCAGUAGCAGUUACACGGAGCUGGUCACAGUGUUCUAGGUCAAGUGCUGGAGAGGGUACUCUCUACUCAAUGAAUAAAAACUCUUUUGUUUAUCAGUUACUAUAUCAUUUUUUAAAUGCUGUCGGGGUCAUGUAAGACUUUCAGUUUCGUAAAUAACUACUAGUUUUUAAUUGUGUCCCAGUGGUGUAAAUGUAUACGGGUGGAGAUUAAUGUUACACAUAUUUUGCUGUCAGUACAUCAUUGGAUAGUUCUAAACAGUUGCUAAUGUCUUUAGAUGUAAAAUUAACCUUAUUGCUUUGUUUAAAAAUUUUACUUGUUUAUUGACGAUUCCGACAGCGACGAACCAAGGAAUUCCUUAAGAAUCCCGCCGACAAGAACCAAACAUAACCUAGGAACUAAAAGACUUGAUCUGGACAGCAAGAGUGUACCUUAAUGAGUGCAAUAGGUUAUGUCCACGAUACGUCGUGUACAUUAACUAUCAUACACUCUUCUCCAUUUAUACGUAUUCCGUUACCUUUCACUGUAUAAACAAAAACCAUAAGCGCAUCAAUUUCCACCACAUGUAUCCACAUAUUUUGUAUAAAUAUCAUCAUCAUGCAUCCGAACCAGUUAGAGGCUAGGACACAUUGUAUGUUUGGCUGUUAUUUAACGAGUAUUGUUAUCGGGGUUUCAAUCAUUAACGCUUUUAUUUUAGAUGUUUUUGUUUCACUGCUUCCAAAGCAUUGUUACAAAGUGUUUUAUGUGUGAUAUGGUUGUAGAACAGAAGAACGAUCGUAAAAAGUGUUAAAUUGAUGUUCGUAAAGUCAAAGUAUCAUCAUAGUGAUUUAUUGUACAGACGUGUUUAUAGCUGUUUGUAAAUUAAGGUAAAAAAUCAUAUUCAGUCACGAUUUUGUUGUUACUUAUUGAUUUAAAAAGUAUUUUUUAAUAUGACUAAAAAGGUAUUUAUUUAUACGUAUAGCACGGGAAUCAAAGUAGAAUAUCGUAAGUCAGAAUUAGACGCUUAUUUAUAGCUUACGUUACAUUUAAAUUUAAUUAGUUCUGAUUUCGAAACUGUCAUUUACUUGGUAAAAAACUAAAAACCGAUCUUCCUGCGUACAGUUAUGUAAAUAGCCCCAAUGCACUCCCACCGUGUAACAAACAAUAUCUGAAUAGUAGGCCUAAAUUACAGAAUACGUUUUUACUCCCUGUGUUAUCCAGAAAUGUGCCCACUGUUUAGAAACAAAGUCAAAAUAAAUAAAACGAAUAAACGUCAACCAAUCAAACACAUUAUUGUUUGAAUAUUUUAAACAGUUUUUCAUUAAUGUAAUUAUAACUUUGAAUAUGUGAAUGUAAUUUUACUUAGGGAAAUGCUUUGACAAACCUAAUGAAAACACAUUGCAAUUUUAAGCCAUAAAAAGUACAUUUAUGUUAUCACUAAUGAACUCAACUACGUCACCACCUCUUUGGUAUGUUACUUGUUAAUCCUCGGUUCGCACGUGAUUAACACUCUGUUAAUGUUAAAAUAAGAGGUUUUAAACAGAGUAACAUUAAGUAACCCUCGUAUAAAGGAUAUAAUCGUUGUUUCAUUUAUUUGAUGUUUCUAAAACAACAGAAAAAUAGAUUUUUUUCCAUGAUCCAUUAAUUUAACACAAUUAAGGUAAACAAAUGAAAAUGGACCAAAUAGCAACAUAGGCAACGUUAUAUUGUUUUCCAUUUCUUACCAACAUCCACACAUUCCUUUUUGCUAUUCUUCAGUAGAACAAGUUAUCCUCUUCCCAUAAUACAUUACUACAUCUGGCUUCAAUUUCCUAUUCAUUAACGAUAGUUCCUCUAAUUUCUGAAUGAGUUAUACAGUUUUCAAUGCCUUUUCAAAGUAGUGAAUUUUAACACUCAUAGUAACAAUAUGUAUAUUGUAUGAUUUAAGUAAUUUAUUUUAUUUUAUUUUAAAUACAAUAUUAUGACAACUUGUGUUAGUGUUUUAUACGCGAAGCAAAACUUUUCCUGCAGUUCUGCUAAAUAUCUCGAAGUUAAAACUAACGUUAAAUGUAUAUUUUAUGCUAAACAUUUAAAACUAAUAACAAGUGCAGUUUAUAACAUUAUAACUAUCUUUAUUUGUUUUUAUGACCUAACUUGUUGCUAAAUGUUAAAAGGACUUACUCAUUUAUAUAAAAUUUCUCUGAACCCUACAUUUUUGCCUAAUUUCGUAAGUGCGAACUAUAUGUAGAAAUAUCAACAUUAGUAGAGAAAUAUGGCAAUAGGUUUCUUUCUUUUCAGAUGUUACUAAACACAUUUUACAUUAGUUAAAGUGAAUUUUUCAAUUUUUUUUUCAUGGUAUUGAAACAGAAUUGAUAAAAGGAUACUAUUUUAUGUUUCCUAAUAAGGAUUUUAAAAACUUUUAUACUUUCAAUGCGCUUUUUAGUUAAAAAUACAUGCAGAUGAAGAAAAGGCACAGAAAAUGUAUGUAAAUACACUUCAUAAAAUCCAAGAAUCAAUUCUACAAAGCAUGCAGUGUUAUGGGAUAUUCAGUACAAAAUAUACAAGAACUAAGAAAAAGCUGCCUCCUUUAUAAUUAACUGACAACUCAGGAAAGUCAAUUUGCCACCACACCAGUGAAAUUCCCUAACCAGUGGUGUACUCUUGUUUUAGGCAAGUUAGAAUUUCGUUUCAUGUGUGCAGUUUGGUUAAAAAUUGUACAAAAAGUAAUCCUGUUUUCCGUACAAAAUCAUCUUUUUAUACCAUAAAAGGUACAUUUUUAUUUAAAAAUGACUUUUUUAACUUCAAUUAGACUUAUUAAAGAGACGGUCUUUCUCGUAGCAGUACUAGUAUACGACAUGUCUGAGCAGGCGUGUGUAUGUCUGGUAGGAGGGGUAUCGUGUUAGAUGUCGUGGGUUUAAAGGCAUGUGUCGUCGAGAAAAUGCAACGUCCUAUUUUAGCAGAUCGUUACAAAAAAUACCCCCUCCAGCAAUACCUGUCUUCCUGGAACUCAUUGCAAUUGUCUUACAUAAUUCACUCAUGACAUAACAAAGACAUAUUUAAUCCCUUCAAUAUUCUCAUCUUCAGACGUACCGUAACAUUCUACCGUUGCAUCAACUGGGGAUAGAUAACUUUACAGAGAUGUGUCAAUAUUCUGAGCUAACGACCUGGAAAACGUAAGACAAUAGCCUUUCAUCAGCAAACGUAUCCACUACACCGUAUACAUAACCCUGUACACUUCUAGAUACUAGGCGUAACAUUUUUAGUUUGGUUAAUAUUUAUAUAGUUCUUUGGUGUAAAAAUAUAUAAAUAAGCGUGAUAUAAACGAAAUUAUUUAUUAUAAAAA